AUGCAUUCCUUUAUCACAGUCUUUCUUCUUCUCGCCGCGGCCACGAUCGACAGCGUGCUCGCUCGGUCUUCUGGCUGCGGCAAGAGCCCCCCGUCCAGUGGCACAAAGACUAUGACAGUUAACGGCAAGACCCGGCAGUAUAUCCUACAGGUUCCCGCCAACUAUGACCCUAACAAGGCCUACAAGCUAAUCUUUGGCUUUCACUGGCUGAACGGCAACAUGAAUAAUGUUGCACCUGGUUAUUACGGUCUGCGCAACCUUGCUGGCGAGAGUGCCAUCUUCGUCGCUCCAAACGGACUCAACAGUGGCUGGGGUAACAGUGGCGGCGAGGACAUCACGUUCGUGGACAACAUGAUCAAUACCAUCGAGAGCCAACUCUGCGUUGACGAGACGCAGCGCUUCGCCACUGGGUUCAGCUACGGCGGUGCCAUGUCAUACUCACUUGCCUGCUCACGUCCUAACGUCUUCCGUGCCGUGGCCGUCAUUGCUGGUGCCCAGCUCAGCGGCUGCAAUGGUGGUACUCAGCCAAUCGCCUAUCUUGGUAUUCACGGUGUCGCCGACAGCGUACUUAACGUCAGCAAUGGUCGUCAAUUGCGUGACAAAUUCCUCGCCAACAACGGAUGCGCUUCCAAGAAUGCCCCAGAGCCAGCUCGCGGCUCCGGCUCGCAUAUUAAGACGACCUACAGCUGCCGCGCUGGAUACCCUGUGUGGUGGAUCGCGCACAGUGGUGAUCACGUUCCCGACCCACGCGAUAGCAACGGCAGCUACUGGGCACCCGGCGAGACGUGGAAUUUCUUCACCCAGGCCAUCAACGGUGGACAGCCUCAGUCUAGCCAAUCUACCCCACGACCCUCUUCCACGUCCUCGGCUGGUAACGGUGGCAAUUGCGCUGCUAAAUGGGGUCAGUGUGGUGGUCAGGGAUACUCUGGUCCGACGUGCUGCCAGGCUGGUAGCACAUGUCAAUUCUCAAACACUUGGUACUCCCAGUGCUUGUGA